UGAGACUGUUGCUUGUUCCAGCGAGUCCACAAAGUAACCUUCAAAUCAAAAUCCUAAUCCCGUUGUUAAAUUAAAUUGGGGAUGAGUUCCUUUCAUCGUGAGGUGCUGCUUUUCUUGAAUCUGGUCAGCCUCGUUUCAGGGCUGCAGUUUGCGACAUCAUCUUUUUCCCAGGUGCCUUUCCUCACAGUGUGGAACGCCCCUACUGCCAGCUGUCUCUCUCAAUAUGGCGUGGACCUUGACCUGGGAAUGUUCAGCAUCGUCCAUAACCAGAAUCAAACCUUUAUGGGUGAAAACAUAACCAUCUUUUACUCUGAAAAGCUCGGUAUGUACCCCAGGUACACCAGCCAAGCAGAGGCUAUCAACGGUGGGGUGCCGCAGAACGCCAGUCUUUAUGAACACCUCAGAGUGGCCUCUAAAGACAUCCACACCUGGAUCCCUGACAGGGAUUUCCAGGGCCUUGCUGUGGUGGACUGGGAGAGCUGGAGACCUGUAUGGGAGAGAAACUGGGACAGUAAGCAGGUAUACUGGGUGGGGUCGAGAGCACUAGUGAGGUCCAGGCAUCCAGACUGGAGCCCUGCACAGGUAGAUGCCGCAGCGCGUGUGCAGUUUGAGGAAGCUGCGAGGAAGUUCAUGGAGGAAACACUGAAGCUGGGGCAGCAGGAGAGACCAAAUGGGCUGUGGGGGUAUUAUGGUUUUCCUAACUGCUACAACUACUACAGCGACAAAAGCACAAACUACACAGGGGAGUGUCCACCUGUAGAGCUCAAGAGGAACAACGAGCUGUUGUGGUUGUGGAAUGUCUCGUCCGCUCUUUAUCCUGACAUCUACCUCAGCCUGGGGCUGCGAAACCUCAGCAGGGAAGUGCUCCUCUACACCCACCACCGCAUCCUGGAGGCCAUGAGAGCAGGAGCUCGGCUGAGUCCAUCAUCACUGCCCGUGUUCCCGUACGCUCGCAUCGUCUACACAUACACGUUAGAUUUCCUCUCUCAGGAACACCUGGUCUACACCAUCGGAGAGAGUGCUGCUUUAGGAUCUGCAGGGGUAGUGCUUUGGGGCGACAACGCCUUCUCCAAAUCUCAGGCGACUUGUAAUGCUGUGAAAUCCUACAUCGACGAGACUCUGGGUCCUUACCUGGUAAACGUAACGGCGGCGGCCACUCUCUGCAGCCAGACAAUGUGUUCCUCCCAGGGAAGAUGCCGGAGGAGGAACCAGAACUCAAGGGCCUACCUCCACCUGGACCCUGCCGUGUGGAAGGUGUUGUCUGAGAAGAAACCCGGGGGAGGGCAGAACUACAGAGUUUUAGGACAGAAGAGAACACACGAGGUGACGUUCAUUAAGUCUAAGUUUCAGUGCUGGUGUUACCCAGGGUGGGGCGGUGAGAGCUGCUCUGAACCGAUUCAGGGAUAAAAGACUUUUCUUGAGCGAGGUAAUCCUAAAUAGCAGUAAAGCUUGUAAAAAUUUUAAAAAUGUACCACUCCAGAAGUAGACUAGUAGACUAGGCCUAGUUUGGCCCAGAGGUAGUUAUCUGCAUGAGUUUGUUGUCUCCUGUAAAUUGAUCAUUACCUCUUUUAUAUUUCCUUUUAUUGUAUUACAUAUGGCAAGUGUGUACAUAUAUGUGUGUGUGUGUGUGUAUGUGUAUAUAUAUGGCAUAUAUAAAAUUAAAAUAAAUCCCCUUUUACCAUGUAAACGGACCAAUUUUUACAUUCUAGUGAUGUUUUAAAAAAUGAUAAAUUUGGUGUUUAAUAACAUAACCUGUACAAUCUUUUUACUAUUGGAGUUCUAGAAAUUCACCUCAAACUGUCUAAAGAAAAUACAAUCUUGUUCUCA